CAUGUUUUUAAUACGUAGGCAAUUUCAAGUUUUUCAGCGUUCAGGUGCAUUGCGUCAUGAGGAAUUUUAAUUGGACAAGCUUGAUCAGUAUCCAUGGCAACGUUUUGUUUGCUUUUUCUGUAAACCUGACUGUCUCAUCCAUAGAAAUGUAUGCUAUCCAUAUCCAUAGCCUAUCGUAUACAUAUCUAUGGUCUCAUCAGCAUCUUGCGACGAUUAUUGAGUUAAUCGAUUGAUCGUUGGUUUUUCCCUCGGCGAUUUUGAUAGUUUAGACCAGUUGUGUUUUGUGUGGUGAAAUCUAAAAGUGUCAACAUGCCUUGUGUUCAUUAUAAGUUUCGAAGUAAACUCAGUCACGACACGAUCCUGUUUGAAGGCGUUCACAUCACUGUGAGAGAGUUAAAACAACAAAUCAUGAGACGCGAGAGACUCAAGCUCUGUGACCUAAAGAUCAGCAGCGAGCAAAACAAUGAAGAAUACACUGAUGAUGAAGCUCUCAUUCCCAACAACACGUCAGUCGUUAUCAGACGAAUCCCUGCUGUUGGGCUCAAAUCCACAAACAAAAGAUUUGUCAAUAAUCGGCCUGAACCAUCGUGUGGAUCUUCACAAACAGUUGGUGAUUCUUCACCAGUUUCACUGGAUCUGCUUCUGAAGACUGAGAAUCUGGCUGAGGCAAAUGCAUCAGAGGAGGACAAACUCAAAGCUGUGAUGUACCAGUCCAGUCUGUGCUAUUAUUCCAGCAGUGAUGCGAUGAAGCUGGUCGGACUGCUUCCACCAAACUACAUCUGCUUCCGCUGCAGGAUUCCUGGACAUCACAUUAAAAACUGCCCGAGCAAUGGGGACAAAAGUUGCGCUCCUCAUAAGCGCAUACGGAAAUGCGCAGGGAUUCCUCGUAGUUUCCUGGUGGAGGUGGAUGAUCCUGACAGAAAGGGAGUCAUGAUGGACAGCAGCGGGAAAUACGUCAUUCCCGUUAUGGAUGCUGAUGCCUAUGCGAUUGGGAAGAAAGAGAAGCCGCCCUUCUCACCCCAGAAUAACCCUUCAUCCUCAUCCUCAUCCUCAUCCGAUCCGGUUCCUGCGACGCUGCUGUGUCUGAUCUGUAAGGAUCUGCUGAGCGAUGCUGUGAUGAUUCCCUGCUGCAGGAGCAGCUACUGUGAUGAAUGUGAGUGUCUGAUCAAACAAACAUCAGUCAGAAGCAAACAGGCUGUUUCUGACAAUCGUUUGGUGUCAGGUAUCAGAACGUGUUUGCUGGAGUCUGACGGACACGUUUGUCCAACCUGCAGACAGUCGGAUGUUUCUCCUGACAGUUUGACUGCAAACACUGUUUUGCGUCAAGUAAGACCUUAAACCCUGUUUCUUCUUGUAGUUCAUCUUCUGCAUCUAUUUUAUGAUUCUGUCUCACACAGGAGGUGAAUCAUUUUAGGAAUGGAACCAGAUCUUUGCACACCUACAGCCGUCGAUCCCGGUCUCCCAACCAAUAAUCAAAGAGUUGUCGGGAUGUUAGAGGGAAUCGUUCCCACUCCAGAUCUCCUCUAAACAAAUAUACAGACCAGA